AGAGUCGCGCUCCGCCGCCACCGUUUGUGUAGCUCGUCGCGCUGCCAUUAAAGCUACUGUCGGUGGCUAUAUAACCGUAUAUGUACAUGGCCACCAUGCUAUACCUAUGUAUACACACGAGUAGUACCUAGCUCGCGUGUAGCUAUUUUAUUGUGUAGCUCGUUGAAAACUCGGUCCCGCACGGCGUACUUACCGGUUUGACGACAUUUCCGUGCACAUCACGGCCGCUUAUCGGUUGCGGACGACGCGAUGACGACGAGGCGUUAAACGAUAUUAUCAUGAAGACGGCGUUGGGCUUGGUCAAGCUGGAAAUGGAACCAGCCUUUGGAGACGAGCUGAUCGCGGAAACGUCGUCUGCGGCCACGGUAUCGACAGUGUGCGCUGAAUGCGAAUGUGCCAUAACCGACAGAUACAUCAUGCGAGUAUCCGGUCGGUCGUACCACGAGAGGUGUCUUAAGUGUUCAGCCUGUGCGUUAAAAUUAGACCGGUCGUGCUUUGUAUGGAACGCUAAACUUUACUGCCGUCCGGACUACGAGAAGUGCAUGUACCGGAGCUGCGGCAGUUGCGGCGAUCGAAUGGCGGCCGGCGAACUGGUAAUGCGCGCCGGCGAGUGCGUUUUCCACGAACAGUGUUUCGUUUGCGUGGUUUGCGGCAUUAGAUUGUGCACGGGCGAUCAGUACGUUAUCAAGCACUCGCAGUUGUUUUGCAGGCCCGACUACGAGAAAGAAGUGAACAUGAUGCGCGACGAGAUCAACCGGAACACAGGGGAUUGGAAUUAUAGCCACGACGGACGACGAGGACCCAAACGACCUAGGACCAUACUGACCACACAACAGCGUAGAGCGUUCAAAGCGUCAUUCGAGCUGAGCCCUAAACCAUGCAGGAAAGUUAGGGAAGGUCUGGCGCACGACACAGGAUUGAGCGUUCGCAUAGUUCAGGUUUGGUUUCAAAAUCAAAGGGCAAAAAUGAAAAAGAUACAAAAAAAGGCAAAACUAAACAACAACAACAACAACGUUUCAAAUACUAUUAACAGCGGUGUUAACGGCAACAACAACAACAACAAUUGUAGUGGAGCUGAUAGUGGUAACUCGUGCAGUUCCAGUGGAUUACUCCAUUCGACCAUCAAAGACGAACAGUGCAGUUCGGAUGGAUUCGAAGAUGGUGUAGCCGGUCGAUUUGAAGCCCUACAUCACGAAACUCACAGACAGCAACAAAUACACGAGUCUUACAACACUAGGCAACAUUCCCCGAGUAUAGUGCAACCAAUCCCCUUAACGCCCUACGUUCAUCAACAACCGCCUUUUGGUAUUUUCAACAAUGGUUUAGAUAAUCGACGAGAACCUAAUUAUUUAGUACCGUCGGACAUGGCGCCAAAACAUAUUUAUGGCGGAUUCCUGUCUCAAGAGACCGUAAUCCGAUGUGGUUCGAAUCCAAUUGACCGGCUAUACUCAAUGCAAGCGUCAUAUUUCUGCAACAAUAUUCCGGAUGAUCCCAACUCGUUGUCUUUAGAUAAUCAUUAAUGUAUAACAGUUAUUUUUACCAUCACUAUAUUAUACUUCUUUACUAUUAUUAUACAUUAUUACGAUUGAGUAUAAAUUGAAACUGACGGUUUAGACCAUAAAAACUUGUAAAAUUGUUUUUAU